AUGUGGAUUCAGGAGCUUGCUCUGUCAUUUUUAGCUCUUCAGCCUGAGGGAUGGUUGACAUUCAGGGAUGUGGCCAUAGAAUUCUCUCAGGAGGAGUGGAAAUGCCUGAACUCUGCUCAGAGGGCUUCAUACAGGCUUGUGAUGUUGGAGAACUACAGGAACCUGGUCUCCCUGGGAGUCUCUUAUUUUGACCUAAGUGUUAUCUCCAUGUUGGAGCAAGGGAAGGACCCCUGGGCUGUGGAGAGCCAUGAGAGAAUAGCAAGAAAUCCAAAUUGGCAGGAAUGGAUCAAAGGUGUGAACACAGAUAUCUCUCCUGAAUGUGUAAUGAAGGAAUUACCAUCAAAAGAGAACAACAUUUCACCAGUUCAAGGAAUUUGUUCCAAUGUCAAAGCUCUCAUUUCUAAAAAAUAUGGGAAUGACUUUAUUUAUUCUUCAUCACUCACACAAGGACAAAAAGCAAACACUUGGGAAAAACCUUACAAGUGUAAUGAAUGUGGCAAGGAUUUCAGUCGUCUUUCACACCUUGUAAGUCAUCAGCUAAUCCACACUGGAGAAAAACCUUAUAAAUGUCAUGAAUGUGGCAAGGUCUUCAGUUAUCCUUCAAGCCUUGCAAAUCAUCAGAGAGUUCAUACUGGAGAGAAACCUUACAAGUGUAAUGAAUGUGGCAAAGCCGUUUGUACACAUUCAAAGCUAACUACCCAUUGGGUAAUCCAUACUGGAGAAAAUCCUUUCAAAUGUGACGAAUGUGGCACGGUCCUCAGUAAUUCUUCAAGCCUUGCAUAUCAUCAGAAAGUUCAUACUGGAGAGAAACCUUACAAGUGUAAUGAAUGCAGCAAAGUCUUCACUCAAAACUCACAUCUUGCAAAGCAUCAGAGAAUUGAUACUGGAGAGAAACCUUACAAGUGUAGUGAGUGUGGCAAAGCCUUUGGUGUGCAUUCAAGCCUAACUGCCCAUCAGGCAAUCCAUACUGGAGUGAAGCCAUAUACAUGUCACGAGUGUGGCAAAUCCUUUCUUCAGCAUUCAUGCCUUGCUACCCAUCAGGUUCCUGUGUGCAGGACGGAUGCAGAGUACGAAAGUGGCAGCGGGAAGACUAGACAGGACCUGCUGGAAUCCACGUUCGCUGCCAUGUUUGAAGAUCCAGCUCAAAUGGGUCUUAUGUUACCUGGUUUUAAAAGUCCCCCUGGUUUCCGCAGACAGAGCGAGUGUCUCCUUCCUGCAUCCACGCUGUCCCCUUAG